UUCUUUUAAAAAAGGAAUCCUAUACGUAUUUUGAUAGGGACCGACGCAGUUCGAGAUCAUCAUAAAAGCAACGAGUUGUUCAUUAGUUUUCGAGGUUUGUUUCAGAAAGGUUGAAGAUCUAGAAACUUAUAUUUUCAAUCCCCGAGUAAGGUAACUUCAAACCGAAACGAUGGGUUGCGGGUGCGAGUGUGUGGCCAAGGUCUUCCUCAUCCUGCUCAACAUACUAACAGGGCUUCUCGGGUUCCUGCUGUUAGCUGUGGGGAUAUUCACCCAGUUUGCCGCCGAAUACGUUCGACAAGGCUUGAAAGGUGCGGCUGACGUACUCAAGGAUCAAGGCAUGGCUAACGUCGACCUCCUGGCCAUGUACAAUGAACUCAAACCAAUCGUGAAUGGCAUCGCCAUACCCCUGAUCGUGAUUGGGGCGUUCUUCUUCAUCGUCUCCAUGUUUGGUUGCUAUGGCGCCUGUUGCAACAAACGAGUCUGCCUUAUCAUCUAUGCGAUCAUGGUUACGAUAGUCUUCGUUGGUAUGCUGGUGGGUGUCAUCUAUAUCAUCGCGGGCGCCGCUCAGGUAAAGUCAGAUGCGAAGGCACAGGUAAAGAAAGAGAUAGUGGACAAUUUCGUCGGGAUCAAUGCCACCAACGGUAUCUCUCUCGUGGUGAACAUCGUACAGAUAUACUUCAACUGCUGUGGUAUGGACAACUGGCACGACUUUGAUAAAUGCAAGAAGUGGGAGAAGCAGGUUGCAUUCAGUACGAAAAAUGUCAAGGUAACAGGUACACUUCUGAUCCCAAUCUCAUGUUGCCAGAUGAAUGGCGCCUUCCCAAGUGUCACGUUGAAGGAUGACCAAUGUCCCUUGACGGGAAGUAGUCCGUACAAGAACACGGGCUGUUUCUCGAAGAUUGAAAAGUUCGUGUCUGAAUAUACGACCUACAUGUACGUGGCUCUUGCCAUGCCUCUCGUAUUCUUGGCUAUUCUGAUGGCGCUGGGGUGGUACUUGUGGAAGAAGGCUGGCGAUUCUGACAUGGGCAGCGCAGCCAAGAUGAUCUAAAGGUGGAGCAUCGUUUCCAGUGAGUCCAAGGGCCUUGUAUGGAAUACCCUUGGACCCUUUGUUGUACCCGCGCUGAUGCCAUCUGACCGACCGACUGCUGUCCCCCGUGACGUCUACUCCUUCCUCACCGAUUUCGAUUCAUUUCCGUAGUUUGCCUUUUCGAUGCAAUGUAAACAAAAACUGUUGUUCCGUCCAUGCAGUGCUAUUAUUAUGAGUCCAUAAGUGCCAUAAAUAAGAGUUAUUUAUUGAAUUACAAUAGAACCUCCCUUAGAGGACACCUCUCUAUUUAGGAUAACCUCUCAAUUAUGGACACUAUGUAUGGUCCCAAAUUGGUUGUUUCUAUUCAAAUUGACCUCUCUAAUCAGGACACCUCUCUCAUUAAGGACAAAACUUGUCAGUCCCGAGGGUGUCCUUAAUAGAGAGGUUCCAGUAUCUGUUUACGCAAGAAUGUGGCCAAUAGUGUGCUCCAUUUUGACAGAUCGGGGAAACUGUGACUGUAGCAGGCCUGCAUGAACUGCCUCAAUAUUGUGAUACUACCAGUGGCGGCGCAUGGUGGCAAGUAGUGGUAUUAUCCUCCUGUUAAUAAAUCUAUCGUUCAUUUUGCACACGGUGUUGCGUUGGAGCUUCGAAGGAGUCUUCUUGUAACUAGCCAAGUGAACAUAUGCCUUCUGACCUAUUGUAGAGAUUUCUCGGAAACCUUGUGUACUAUGAAAGCAGUUUUACUCAUCAUAUUGUUUGUAAUGUAUUCGACUUUCGAUUUCUUCGUAAAGACUUUUAUAGUUAGAUCUAUGAAUAAAGAUGCCGAUACAUUA